AUGAUGAACCUCACCGUUGACCACCGAAGCAGGGCUGCCGCCGCGUCUGACGACGAUGGAGCGGAUCAAAUCGGCUUUGACACGCCCCGCUCCGGCGUGGCAACUCCUCAGCCCGACCUACAUGACAAACGCUUGCCGGGCAUCAUGAGCUACUUCGGCCAGCUCAGGAGGCUAACACAAGUCGCGGGCAUCAAGAGUGGUCCACCAACCCCCACCCGAGCCCUUUCAGCAGCCCAGCCUUCUGAGGAGAGGUCAGGCUCCAAACGAAGCAGUAAUGAGACGGUGCCUCCCAGUGGCACACAGACGCCGAGGGGCACCACUGGCGCGCAAGUACCUGCCGCCAAGGGCAAGCUCACGAUCAAGAUCGUGGAGGCGAAGGGCCUGAGGCGCGCCAGGGACCCUUACGUCGUUGCCGUCUUCCAAAGAAGCGAGCUUAUCUCGGGAGGCCCGCGUUCCGUGGAGGAGGAGGAAGAAAACGUGAACCUGCCGCCGCCGUCCAUGGGGGGCAUUCCGAUCCAGAGGCAAGGAAGCGACUCAGGACGGCCGGCCAUGUCUAUUCCGAUGCGCAGCCGCCAAAGCAGCAACACCAGCAUCUCAGACUACAACACCUUCCGCAACAAGUCGAAACUGUUCUUCACUCGUCCGAAGUGGGAUGCCGAGGCAGAGUUCGACGUUGUCGAUUCCAACAUGCUGGUGGAUAUUUCCGUCUACGACCACAGCGCGAAUGGCGAGGAGUUCCUUGGCCACGCCGAUUUCCAGGCCAACAAGGACCCCAGCAACCCAGUCCGCGGCUGGUUUGCGCUCCGAGGCCACGCCGACACCAUGGCUGAGAACACGCCUACCGGAGAAGUCUACGUCGAGGCCGUCUACCAGCGCACUGAGAGGAAGCAUUUCGGCCCCGAGGACUUCCAGAUCUUGAAGCUCAUCGGAAAAGGAACGUUUGGGCAGGUCUACCAAGUCAGGAAGAAGGACACGGAACGGAUUUACGCCAUGAAGGUCCUCUCCAAGAAGGUCAUCGUUCAGAAGAAGGAGGUAGCUCACACCGUUGGUGAGAGGAAUAUCCUGGUCCGAACAGCCAUGUCGGAUUCGCCCUUCAUCGUGGGUCUCAAGUUCUCCUUCCAAACGCCAUCAGACCUCUACCUGGUCACCGAUUACAUGUCCGGCGGAGAACUCUUCUGGCACCUGCAGAAGGAAGGCAGGUUCGAUGAGCGAAGAGCCAAGUUCUAUAUCGCGGAACUUAUCUUGGCCAUCCAGCACUUGCACAACAACGAUAUCGUCUACCGAGACCUGAAGCCAGAGAACAUCCUCCUCGACGCAAACGGCCACAUCGCCCUCUGCGAUUUCGGCCUGUCCAAGGCCAACCUUACCAAGAACGACACAACCAACACUUUCUGUGGAACGACGGAAUACCUCGCCCCCGAGGUACUUCUCGACGAGUCAGGAUACACCAAAAUGGUCGACUUCUGGUCCUUGGGUGUUCUCGUCUUUGAGAUGUGCUGUGGAUGGAGUCCCUUCUAUGCGGAGGAUACCCAGCAGAUGUACAAGAACAUUGCAUUUGGCAAAGUCCGUUUCCCUAGAGACACCCUGUCGCAAGAGGGCCGCAACUUCGUCAAGGGCCUGCUGAACAGGAACCCAAAGCACCGCCUGGGCGCAACAGAUGAUGCUGAGGAGUUGAAGCGUCACCCAUUCUUUGGCGACAUUGACUGGGAGCUCCUUGCGAAGAAGCUCAUCACUCCUCCUUUCAAGCCCAAGUUGACAUCUGCCACGGAUGUGUCCUACUUUGACCCGGAGUUUACCAAUGCGCUGGAUAACAACGGCUCACUGAACGAACGGGCCGCGGCCCUUUCCAAGGGCUUUGCCACAUCCACACCCCUUUCACCAUCAGUGCAAGCCAACUUCCAAGGCUUCACCUUUGUUGAUGAGAGUGCUCUUGACGAUCACAUGAGGGAUAAGAACCGAUAUGAUGAUGAGGAGAUGCAUGACUCUCACCACCAAGACGAGGACUGGGACGAUUUAGAAGAAAUGAACCAAAGAGGCAACCGGAUGAGCGGCAUAGUGCGCACAACCACCAACGAUGAGCAAAUGGUUGGAGGUGGCCAUUUUGACGUUUAA